AUCUUACAUAAUUUGGUUUUCAAAAGGGUAACUUUCGGGGUUUAAAUCAUUUCAGUUACUUCUUAGACAAAGUAACUUUCUCAAGUAUUUCUGUAGCUUUCCCCGGCAGCGCCCGUGGCCUCGAGGUGCGGCUCUCAGUGCCCCCUCUUGGCCGAGAAGGAGCUGGCGAGCUACAGGCACUUUCUUCCUCCCCUCCGCUGAGCGGGACCCGACAAUCCUGCAGUUUCGGAGCCAAACUGGAAUUCCUUCCGUCUGUAUCCAGACAUUUAAGAAUUUGGCUGGACUCCACAGGAAGGCUUUACAGAGCACUUAAUCAAGUGCUCCAGAGGUUAAAUUUCAGGAAAGCCCUCUUGGAUCCAAGAUAAAGGCGGGGUGUAAAAAGGGAAAACAAGCGUCCUGUGAGUCAGAGUUCCUUCGCUCUCCUCCUCACUCAAGACUGCAUGCAGACUCCCAGCUCAAACAGCUCGGUGUCAUGGCUCUAGAGCAGAGCCAGCCAACAGAAUACUACUACGAGGGAAACGAAAUGAAUGACACUUACGACUACAGCCAGUAUGAAACGAUCUGCAUAAAAGAAGAGGUCAGGCAGUUUGCAAAAGUCUUCCUCCCUGCCUUCUUUGCAAUAGCCUUUGUCAUCGGACUGGCAGGGAAUUCCACAGUUGUGGCAAUUUACGCCUAUUACAAGAAACAGAGGACCAAGACAGAUGUGUACAUCCUGAAUCUGGCUGUGGCAGACUUGUUGCUUCUGGUGACACUGCCCUUCUGGGCAGUUAACGCAGUCCAUGGGUGGAUUCUAGGGAAAAUGAUGUGCAAAGUAACUUCGGCCCUGUACACGGUAAACUUCGUCUCUGGGAUGCAGUUCCUGGCUUGUAUCAGCAUUGACAGAUACUGGGCAAUCACUAAGGCUCCCAGCCAAUCAGGAGCGGGGAGACCCUGCUGGAUCAUAUGUGGCUGUGUAUGGGUGGCUGCUACCCUGCUGAGUAUACCCCAGCUGGUUUUUUAUACCGUGAAUCACAAUGCCAGGUGCACUCCCAUCUUCCCGCACCACCUGGGAACAUCCCUGAAGGCAUCCAUUCAGAUGCUGGAAAUCUGCAUCGGCUUUGUGGUUCCCUUUCUUAUCAUGGGGGUGUGCUAUGCCAUCACUGCAAGGACGCUCGUCAAGAUGCCGAAUAUUAAAAAGUCUCGGCCCCUCAAGGUUCUGCUCACAGUGGUUGUAGUUUUCAUUGUCACCCAGCUGCCUUACAACAUUGUCAAGUUCUGCCAAGCCAUAGAUGCCAUCUACUUGCUGAUCACCAACUGUGACAUGAGCAAGCGCAUGGAUGUCGCCAUCCAAGUCACAGAGAGCAUCGCACUCUUCCACAGCUGCCUCAACCCUGUCCUGUAUGUCUUCAUGGGGGCCUCCUUCAAAAACUAUAUCAUGAAAGUGGCCAAGAAAUAUGGAUCCUGGAGAAGACAGAGACAGAACGCAGAGGAAAUUCCUUUUGAUUCCGAGGCUCCUACAGAUCCAACCAGUUCUUUUACCAUUUAAAUAUAAAAUGCUCUCUGCUUUUUGCUUGAACACACACACACACACACACACACGAGGUUUCUUACUCAAAAUAAAAUAUUUGUGUUACACUGAGACUCAAAUGUCCAACACUAGACUGUUGUUGCAAUGGAUAACAAAGAAGGAGCAAAGGGUGGGGGUGUGGCAAAGACAGACACCAGAGAGUAAACAACCAAUGGGCAGAACCUGGAAAUUAAAGUUACUACACGAAAACAGCAUGGUGGGAAGGAGAAAAAUGCUGUACUCUAAAGAGGAGGCCUUUAUGGCGGUGGGGUGUUUUCAUCUUGACUACAGUGGUGGCUACUCAAAUCUAGAUGUGCCACAUAGAAAUUUCAACUGCCUACUUUUGAUAGCAACUGUAAUUAUGAAAUAUAAAACAUUGGCUAAUGAGCACCCAAGACCAUCUCAUGUGAUAAGUCACUGUGUAAGGGUUAUCUGGGACCAUCCUGUGUGAUAAGUCAUGGGUAAGGGUUAUUCGGGACCAUCCUGUGUGAUAAGUCACUAGGUAAAGAGCCCCCAAGAUCAUCCUGUACUAUUUUGUAACUUCCUUUGAGUAGACAGCAACUUUAAAAUAAAAAGUUAAAAAAUCCCAUCAUGCUCUUAGUCAGGUGAUCUAAAACCAAUUAAUAAAGAAAAUUAUGUUGAGGAAAUUAUAAGUAUUUGUAAUUAUUUAAAUUUUAAUAAGAAUAUUUUUCUGCAAAAUUCCAAUAUUUAAAUAAUUGCAACAAAACUUACUCUAAUUUUUUUGUUUCAUAAUUUAUAAGCGAUUUUAUAAAAUAUAAAAUGGCAAUUAUCCCAACCUUUAAAAGAAGGACAAACCCAUAAACUUUCCUGAGAUGUUCACACAUUCUGGCAAGUGCCUAUAUAUGCAAUUUGCUCUGAUGAUGUCACCAAAGAAAAUUAUCCAAAUACAUUCUGGGUUCACUAUGCACAUUCUAGAAGCAAGCCUUGAAACUCAUAGCUAUCUAGAGUCUAAUUUUAUAAGUUCCUAAAGAAUUUCCCCAUGUAGGUUGGCCUAUUACUAAGAACUGAUGAGCAAAUAUACUAUCCUAUAUAUAAAGUUUAAUUUUCAUUUAACCAUGCAUAUUUUAGGCAAUAAAAUCAAUACAGUAAAUGUAUUGAUCAGUACAUGUAUUUACUGUAUUGAUUUUACAUGUACUGAUACUUACGAAUGAACCCCAAACAAAUGCUCAGCCUGUGUUCUAGCAACACUGAACUACACCCCAGACUCUACAACUUAUCAAAUUACCUUUUCUCUUGGUACUGUUUCUAAGUCUGAUAGUGUUUCAGAGGCUGACUUAAAGCUGUGACCGCAAAGCAGUGACCGGGAAUCGUGGCAUUGCUCUGGCAAAGGGCUAGCAGAACCACGGAGAACACUCACCGCUGCUCCACCACUUCUUGCCGUUAACUAUAUAGCCAUCUCCAUCUCGCUGGAUGCUACACUCAAUGUUCGUGGCAUCACUUGAUGAGACAUUGGGCUCUAGAAAGGAAGAACAGCUUGAUCAACAGGCAGGCAGAAAUCAGUCUUUAGCCAAAGAGGCUUGGGCAAGAGAAGGCAAGCUCGUCAAGG